UGUAGUAAUCAUGGCGGCGUCAGACAGUGGCAGUGAGGAGGAUUGUGUUACUUACGGAACUCCUUUGGAGCCGCUGGAGGAAGAUGAGCCACUUAAAAAGCCAAUUCGACUUCAAGACCAGACUGUCAAGGAUGAGAAAGGAAGGUUUCAGCGCUUUCAUGGAGCGUUUACAGGAGGCUUUUCUGCUGGUUAUUUUAACACUGCGGGUUCAAAAGAAGGAUGGGCGCCAUCAACAUUUGUAUCGUCCCGACAACAAAAAGCAGAAAAACAGCUUUUUAGGCCUGAAGAUUUUAUGGAUGAAGAGGAUCUCAGUGAGCAUGGGAUAGCCCCUAAAGAAAUCAUGACCACAGAUGACUUUUCAUCCAAAGCGAAAGACAGAAUCGAAGAGAAAGCUAGAGCCCUGGCUGCACUCUCUGCCCCAAUCCCUGGAGCCACUAUCCUGGAGGACCUUGUGGCUGCUGCAAAAAUAUCCAUUGGUGUUCAGUUACUGCGGAAAAUGGGCUGGAAGGAAGGGCAGGGAGUUGGACCGCGGGUGAAGAGAAAAUCUCAAAAGCAGAGACCUGACACUGAUAUGAAAUUCUACGGAUGCCCAUUGCCUCCUGAAAAUUCAGAAAAGUCAGAGAAUGAAGAUGAUGACGACUAUGCUCCUGAAAAUGUGACUUUUGCACCUAAAGACAUCAUGCCUAUAGACUUCACGCCUAAAGAAGGUCUGCAUGGGCUGGGGUAUAGAGGCUUGGACCCCAAGCAGGCUUUGAGUGGAGGCUCGAGACAAGGUCACUUCAAUGUGUUCAGUGUGGGCUCUGAGAGGGCGAGCAGUCUAUUGGGCGAUGAUAAACACCGGAGGAACAGGAAGGGCGGUGUGUUGGGACAGGCCUUUGGUGUGGGAGCGCUGGAGGAUGAGGAUGAUGAUAUCUACAACACAGACUCUCUCUCUCGAUAUGAUACCACUCUGGGUGAGGAGGAGCCUGGGGAUGGCAUGUACGGCUGGACGGCACCGCAGGAGUACAUGAAAAAGAAAAAAGGAUCUAAUAAAGAUGUCUCGUACGUUGGUAAAAUUUUAGAGGGUUUUACACUGGCUUCAAUACCAGCUGCUCCUAAAAAGGUUUACCAGCCUCCUGAACUGCCGCGCGAUUACAGGCCUGUGCAUUACUUCCGUCCUGUGCUGGAGGCAGGCAGUGCUAGUUCUCAGAUGGUGCAGGUACUACUGGCAUCAGGGGGGCAAAUGAACCAGGACACCCAGCAGACAGGCAGGCAUCAGAUGAACGCAGCCCAGAGGAGGGAGCUGCUUGGAGAAACUGCUCUGCAAGGACCCAGCUCUGUCUUUGACCUCCUGACCAGCAAAGACAAGGAGCGGAUAAAAGAAUUGAAGCAGGUGGCUGAGGAGAAGCAGGCAGCAGCAGCAGCAGGGAGGAUCUCCGCACAGCAAGGCCUGUCCAGCCGCUUCCAGACUCCUGCUGUUGACGAGGCUCUGAGCGCGUGGCAGAAUAUCAGCGUGGAGGCAGCUACCGCUUUCAAACCUUUUGAGAAGAACCCAGAAAAACAAGGACGAUAUGACAAAUACAUCACACAACUAAAACAGGGGAAAAAAGACGCCCUAGAGUCCAGUGUGGAUCUGCACAUGACGGAAUGGGAGAGAAGCCGUGAGCAAGACGAGUUCAUCCGCGCAGCAAUGCUCUAUAAACCCACCAACUCGACACUGGCCUGCAGAUUCACUCGAGGCAAGCAUGAGGACGACACUGACAAAGUAGAAGCCCCCCGAGAUCAAGAGAAUGACAUUGAUGAUAAAACAGCGGCUGUGAAGAUGAAAAUGUUUGGGAAGUUAACAAGAGAUUCAUUUGAGUGGCAUCCAGAUAAACUACUGUGCAAGCGAUUUAACAUCCCUGACCCCUACCCUGGCUCAAGUUCUGUUGGCAUGCCGAAGGUAAAAAGGGACAAAUACUCUGUGUUCAAUUUUCUGACUGUUCGUGAAAACACCAUGCCUACAGCACAGGGAGUCAAACCUGAGCUGUCAGCACAGAGCAAACCCAGUACCUCAGGAAAUGCCUCGAAACCUUCAGAAACAGGCAGGCGAUCUAGGUGGGAUGUUUCUGCCCAAGAAAAGGAGGGCAAAGAUCCUAUUAGCGAGUUCCUUAGUUUGGCCAGAAGUGAAGCAGCUGCAGAGAAACAAGGAUCCCCCCUGUCUACAAAUGAGCCAGAGCCUGGACAGAGGGAAGAACCUCCUCCCAUAGUGGAAGAGGAGGAGGAAGAGGAAAGUCGCCCACCAUUGGAUUUGUUCAAGGCGAUCUUUGCCUGCUCUUCGGAUGACAAAUCUUCUUCGUCCGAGGAAGACAGUGAGGAAGAGGAGGAAGAACAGAAGAAACCAGAGGAGGAUCCAGUACUCCACCAAACAACUGAGCCUCCUGUUCAAGAGACCCUACCCGAUACCACUCAAGUAACCCAACCUUCUCGAACAGAAGAUGCCCCUUCUAUACAUUCUUUAAAGCCUUCCCAGGAUCAAAUAAACAACGAGGAAGAGUUUGGGCCCAGACUUCCACCAAGUAUAUCCACUGGACAAGAUAGAUCAUUGUCAGUGACUACUGGUUCCGUGGUCAUCGAAAAACACAAGAAGAAAUGCAAAGAGAAGCACAAAGCAAAAAAAGAACAUAAACACAAAAAAGAAAAGAAGAAAAAGAAACACAAGAAGCACAAGCACAAAGGCAAGCACAAGAAGAAGAAAGCGGAAGAAAGUAGCAGCAGCACAGACGACAGCGAUGACAGCGAUAUGGGGGAUUCACCGCAUGGAUUAUCACCUGGAGAGCUACUGAAAAGGUUAAAAAGUCUUCCUCCGAGAAAGAAGUGACAAGCAGUUCACCAUGGUACCAUUGUAUCAUUGCAAAAGGAAUUGUCUCCUCUAUGAGAAGAACUUAAGGCACACUGUAGCUUUUGGAAUUCAUCUUUAUUGGGUGUUUAUAGCAACAUGUCUGCUGUAGACAUCACUGAAUAAAAUAAAUGUUUUUCUUCCUCCUAAAUGAAUAAGUACAUAUAUAGCUUGACAGUUCAAUACAUGGCAAUAACAUAUUGCAUGCUAUUAUAAUCGGCAGCCAAGAGGGUCAAGUACUCUUUUCUAAUGAACAUGCAGUAGUUUGAGACACUUUAAGUUAAUGCAUGAUGUGAAGUCCUCUUUAUCAAAAGAAACCCGUGAAAUAUAUUGAUUCUUCUGUAUAUACAAGUGCCCGCCCAGCCAGUAAUGAAUGGUAGGUAAAACAAAAGAACAGAGAAUCAAUGCAAAAAGAAGAGGGAGUUGGGCACCUUUUAACCUUUUUACCUCUAAACCUUCUUUAAAUAGAACACACUGCAUUUUGACCUCGUGAAGUUCCAUUGCUCUUUCCUGGCGCUCCAUUGAAACUCCUGGGAACCUGAUGCACUCCGAACCCUGUUUUGCUUUAAGUUUAGCACGUUGGACAGGUUUAAUUGCUUUGGUCUAAACAACAUGUUUUUGUGAUCAGUCUUAUCA